AUGGAAGCUGUGAAGGGGAAUGAGAUCAAUCCGGUUGUCAUAUGCGGCAUGGGAGGUAUUGGGAAGACAACAUUGAUGGGGGAAGUUGUUAACAGAGCAAAGAAAGAGGGUCUGUUUGAUGAGUAUACAAAGGCAACUGUUAAAGAAACUCUUGACAAAACUCCUGACAUUUGUCUGAUUCAAGAUGAACUUGCUCGAUAUCUAGGUCUUCCACUUGAAGGAAAAGAAAUAGAUGCAAGAGCAAACAAGAUACGUCAAAGAUUAUCUGCAGGUGCCAAGAAGGUUCUUGUAAUAUUAGACAAUGUUUCGACAACAAACCCAGACUUUUUGUGGGAAGUAGGGAUUCCUCGUGAUCAGAAUAGUUGUAAGCUCUUAGUAACAUCAAGAGAACGAGAUGUAUUCAAGGACAUUGACACAAAAAAGAAUUUCCCCAUCAGUGAUUUGCCAGAAAAUGAGGCCUGGAGCUUGUUCAAGAAGACAGCAGGAGGUUUGAUUGAAUCUGAUCCCGAUUUGCAUUUGGUAGCAAAACAGGUUGUGAAGGAAUGUGCAGGGUUGCCAAUUGCAAUUUCAACUGUUGGAAGGGCGCUACAUGGUGAAGGAAUUGCAAUUUGGAAGAAUGCACUUAGGGAAAUGGAAAAGGCUUGCCCAGAAAAUGUUCCAGGAGUGAUAGAUCAUGUAUUUGGGCUUGGGCUUGGGAUCUUUAAAGGGUUUGAUUCAAUGGCUGAAGGAAGAAACUUGAUAAGAAAGAGUGUGAGAAUGCAUGAUGUGGUGCGCGAUGUAGCCUUGCAUAUAGCCUCUGAAGGGAUGACUCAAAAGAAAAGUGAUGAGGUUAAAGAGAGAAUUGUGGUAAGACACUCGGUGGAAACUGUGAAGUCUGGAUUGGCCAAAGAGUCGUGUUUCCGAGCAAUCUACUUACUGCAGUUCACUGUGUAUUGGUGGGCUUUCGGAGCUAUUACUGUUAAGAUGCAUAAUUGA